GCAGUCUCGAACUGACUGGUUGGUGACCUUGUUAGCUAAGCAGCUUAUACCUUUACUUUUCUAAUAGAAAGCGACAUUAAACCAAGGAAAUUGAACAACGUUCUGCUGGAGAAUUAGUGCUUUUCAAGAGGGUUAUGUACUUUGGUGUUGGAAAGACGCUCAUCGGAAAGUAGGGUAAAAGGUUGCUUUCGCUCCGCAUCUUGAAGCUGUGCGGUGUUGUUACACGAAGUCGGCUAUUUGCACUUCUGAGACUCAGCUACGGACUGGGGUGUGCCUGGUCGUAAAGAGGAUGAGGUCUUCUCUCUCCCCUUAAGGACAUUCUGUAUUGUCGAUUCAAGAAAACAAGACGAGCAACCAUGGUGAAGCAGAGAUCCCCAGUGUUCACUCACCCCACUGUGCAAGUGGUCUCACCCGGUCUCCAGUGAGGACUCCCCCCUCUACCCCUCUCCUUCCUGCGUAAUGGUUUAACCCACACGGAACCUGGUCACCAUGAUGAUGGCCUCCAUGGUUGCCAAUGGAAACAGGGAUGGCAGGAAGGGGCAGGCCCUGGUCCUGAAAGGGGUGGACCCAGAGACAUGCAUGAUCGUGUUCAAGAACCACUGGGCACAGGUGGUAAAGAUCCUGGAGAAGCAUGAUCCUCUCCGCAGCAACACCAGCAGCGCUGCCCUUGGUGUCAUCGGCCUCACCAGCGGCGGCCCCAUGCGUUUCGGCGGGCCCAUCCCGGGGGACGAGGCCAGCGCGGUGCAGAACUACGUGGAACACAUGCUGUUCCUGCUCAUGGAGGAGGACGCCGGCCAGGCGGGAGCCAUGGGACCCAUCCUGGAGUUUGUGGUGAUGGAGAACGUCAUGGAGAGGCUCUUCCUGUGGAGCCUGAGGCGGCAGUUUACUGAUGAUAUGAAGCUGGAGCAGCUCAAGAUGUAUGAGAUGAUUGUGGGCCAGGCGCGGCAGCCCUUACUGCACCACAAACCUGUGUUACGGCCCUUAAUGAUGCUCCUGUCGUCGUGCUCGGGGACAGCUGCCCCGGCGGUGGAGGCUGAGCUGGUGUCAUUACUCAACCAGCUGUGCUGCGUCCUGGCCAGGGACCAGUCUGUCCUGGAGCUCUUCUUCCAUACCAGUGAGGACCAGGGGGCGGCCAACUUCCUGAUCUUCUCCCUGCUGAUCCCCUUCAUCCACCGGGAGGGCCUGGUGGGCCAGCAGGCCCGGGACGCCCUGCUCCUCAUCAUGUCGCUGUCUGCAGAGAACCAGCGCGUGGCCCAGCACAUCGCAGAGAACACCUACUUUUGUCCGGUGCUGGCCACGGGGCUGAGCGGUCUGUACUCGUCUCUGCCCACCAAGCUGGAGGUGCCCGGUGAGGAGUGGCACUGCCUCAGCAGAGAUGACUGGCUACAGAUGCCCACCCUGGUCCAGUUCCUCAACUCACUGGAGUUCUGCAAUGCAGUCAUUCAGGUGUCUCACCCCAGCAUCAGGGACCAGCUGGUGAGCUACAUCUACAAUGGCUUUCUGGUGCCUGUGUUGGCACCGGCCCUCCACAAGCUGACCCUGGAGGAGGUGAUGACCACCACGGCCUAUCUGGACCUGUUUGUGCGGUCGGUGUCGGAGCCGGUCCUGCUGCAGACCUUCCUCUCCUUCAUCCUCCUCCACCGCCACGAGAACGUCCACAUCCUGGACACGCUGGUCAGCCGCAUCAACACACCCUUCCAGCUGGGUACUGUGUCUCUGGCGCUGUUCCAGACUCUCAUUGGACUAUACUGUGAGGAUGUGAUGCUGCAGCUCAUCUUGAGGUACCUGAUCCCCUGUAAUCACAUGAUGCUGAGCCAGAGACGCGUGGUGAAGGAGAGAGACUGCUACUCUGUGUCGGCCGCUAAGAUCCUGGCGCUCACACCCUCCUGCUGCUCCCCCGAACACAGCCCCCCACCCCUCAGACAGCUGGACUCCAUCCUCUGGUCAAAGGGCACAGACAACAGUCCUAACACUGGCACCAUGGAGACGGAGGAGACCGAGGAUGGCUCGGGCUACUCCUGCGUCAUCGGCUCUGAGAUCUACCUGGACGUCAGCUACCUGCACUACCUCUACAAUGCCCGCCUGGGCAUCAGCAGCUGUACCCGGGCCUGCCAGGUGUGGUCGGCCCCCUACGAUGGAGAGGACCCCCCUCCAGAGGAGUACCAGCCCAGUGCCCUGGAGGAGGCAGGGGCCAGGGGGCGCCAAGCCCAGACGGUCAACCCCAAGAAGUCACAUCCACAUCCACGGCCUCAUCCCCCCUGCCCGCCCCAGACCACAGACCCAGCCCCUACUAAUCAACUAGAGCUGGAGUGGGACGAUAGUUAUGAUGCCGGUCCGGUGGUGUCCCCCGAGGCUGCUGCUGCUGAGAGUAGUAGACCUCCACAGCCGCCUGCAGCCGAGCCACCCAAACACAUCCAGGAGAUGAGGAGGACUGCCAUCAUGCUGGUUAAGGGUUCCUACAUAGAGGAGUCCGACUUCCAGGAUGAUGUCAUGGUCUACGACCUUGUGGCAAAGAAGGACGCCCGCGAUACUGUGGAUCGGCGCAGACCCAGCAGGGAGACACAACCGGAAUCUGAAAUGGACUCAGAAUUUAACCUUGAGGAGGACGAUUUCAAAGAAUCCAGUCUGCAGGAGAAGGAUGAGGUCCCCCUCAGCAAUGGCCUGAGUCUUCCACUCCAUCCCACCAACAUGGAGGUCACAAAGGGGUCAAAGGAGGUCAAAGGUCAUGUUGCGGACCAUAACUCCAACCUCCAGAGCCCCUCGGCUACUGAGGUGGGGGACGACCUCAUGGGUCAGUAUGAGGAGCUGAUUCGUACGCUGGGCAGUGGCGAGGUCGGGGCUGAGACCGGGGGGAGCAGCCUUGUGAAAACGGCGGACAAAGAGUUCCGGAAUCCUGUUGUCACCCCCAUGGAGGAGGACGAGGUGGACUUCAGCUCCUUCUCUAUGGAUACGCCAGAGCUGGAGAAACAGCACUCGUCCCUGUUUGGGACCAAGCUCUGCAGUGGGAGCACUAGGAGUCAUUCGGUGCCUUUUACAGGGCCAUUUGUCAGUGUGCUGUUGUCCCGUCUGGAGAACAUGCUGGAUAACUCUCUCCAUGUCAACCUCCUGCUGACUGGUAUACUGGCCCAGCUGGCUGCCUACCCCCAGCCUCUGCUGCAAUCCUUCCUCCUCAACACCAACAUGGUGUUCCAGCCCAGCGUACGCUCACUCUAUCAGGUACUAGCCUCCCUUAAGAACCAGAUAGAGCAGCAGGCCUCGACCAAGAAGGACUUCCCAGAGCUGAUCACCUCCGCCCAGCACUGCCUCCUGGCCAGGGAGAGUUCACUCAAGGGUCAAGAUACAAACAGUGGAGACAGCAGUGAAUGUUCCCCCCUGGAGGCAGGAAGGAUGAUGAAGAGCUCUCCUCCUCCCCAGCCCAAGACCAUUUCCCUGGCCAGGACCGAGGUCUUCGCUACCGUCCUCUUCACAGAGUUCCUCAAAGAACUGGCGGCUAUUGCACAGGAGCACUCCAUACUAUCGCACGUCCCUAUGGAGGAGUAACGAUAUAAUAACAUUGUAAUAAUGUUAUAAUAACGUUAUUAUAAUGUUUUAAUAAUGUUAUGGUAAUAUUGUCUCACAGGGAAGGAGUGAGUGUCUGUCCCUGACUUGUUGUGUCCACUCGGGUCAUUUUAAACGUUUUUUAAAAUACUCUAUGAAAAUUGUUCAUAUUUUCCAGCACUACUUGAUGAAGAAGACGAUACCUCUUGGAUUGAUUCAAUCGUCUUUAAUCUCGCUCCCUGAGGUAGUUUUUAAAUAGGGUUAUAUAUAUAUUUGAGGCUAAUAUAUUUUUCCAAACCAAUAUGUAAAAACGGUGGGCUCUGAUGUACAGUAACACAUAACUUACAGGAAUAUCUCACCCAUUUUAUGCAUUUGCCGCUGAUAGACUCAUAUGUAUAUGGCUCCGCCCUCAGAGAGUUGUAUGCAUAGGCCUAUGUCACAUCCAAGGAGCAGGUCAUGUGAUUUAUAAUAACUGACCUACUUUAAGCCUUUGGUGGAAGCCCUGCACCAACCAAUACGAAUGCUGAAAUGGAAGUUUGGGGCUAAUCAACCAAAGACUGAAUAGAAUGGAACAGGCUGAACGGAACAAUGGGAAAUCAAUGAUACACAAAGGAUACAUAAUCUGUCCCUUUAGGCUUUUAGACAUACAAUAUUGCAUUCAUAAACAUCAGUGUACUGCUCUGGUUGCAACAGCCUCUCCAGUGACCAGCUCUAGUUGUCUUGUAGUGAUGGCCACCAUACAAUGGGGACUUACUUAUACGUGGCCUUACGGUGGUGCCGUGUCGACACCCUGGGAUUGCAUGCUGUACUGGAUACAAUCAGGAGCCUAUUUUUCAGGAUGUCUCCCUGCGGCGUAUUCAUCACUAAACAAAUCACAUUUUAUUUGUCACGUGCUCCGUAAACGACAGGUGUAGACUAACAGUGAAAUGCUUACUUACGGGC